AUGCGCCUCAUCAAGCUCACCGCGAGGCAUCUACGGGUAUCUCGACUGUAUUCGAAGGAUGUCAGCGUUAAAUCCGGCAAGUCUGAGGUGGAGAAGGUCGAAAAUAUCCCACAGUUUCUCUCGAAUGCUCAGAUCCUUGAGAAGAAGGAAAUACCGAUCGAGAAGAAGUCAGUCUCAAGAGGUUUGAUGUUGAAUCGGUUUGAAAGGGUGAGAUUUUUAUUUAUUUUUUUUCUCAAUUUAGGUGAUGGAUAAUAUAAGUUUUGAAAAUUUUUGGUAUUACCCUUGAUCUCAAGCUCUGAAUCAGACCUGGAGUGAUUUUGGAGGUCUUUUGGCAGGUCAUAUGGCCAUAUACGUCCAUUCUAUCUUCUGUUUUGAAAUUUAUGUUAUACUUGACAUCUGUUUGCAGGAUUUCAUGAUUUACCCCGAACUUCUGGACAAGAAGGCCGUGGACGACAUCAAGAACUACUGUGACCAUCUAAAAUACCGUUUGGAUGUAGCAUGUAAGCACUUUUCGUAUUUGUCUUUGAUUUUUAGAAAGUUGGAUCAAUUUCUGUUGUUUAUAACAAAAUUUUUGACUCACAAAUCAUCUAAUGGACGUAUUUAGUAGGAACAGGUGAUCCGGUUUCCGCAGUGAAUCAAGUUCUCAUGGAAAAUUUUGUGUUCGCCGCCUACAUCAGCAAGGAAUUCGGUGGGAUGGGGAUGAAGCGUCGAGAACUCCUCUGUAUCAGCGAAACCAUAGCCAACCUGGACAUGUCGACAUUCCUCAACGUCUCAUCGGUUCAGAUGGCGACCAUGGUGAUUCAAAAUUUUGGGAGUAAAGAGCAAAUCGAACGGUUGAUUCCGAAGAUUGGGACUGGCCAAAUUCGAGUGGCCAUAAGUUUGGAGGAUGUGACGUAAGUGGCGAUAUUUUUUUUCUUUGUCAUUUUUAGUCCAAGUUUAUAAAAAAAUUUAUGAUUUUUUUGGGGAAAUGAAAAUUCCAAAAAAUAUGUCAUGAUGACGCUUUAACUUGAUUCUGAAGGUCAUAUUGGAACCAAAUUUUUUUCUCGGACUGGCUAUGGUCUAUGAUGCGCAUUUUUGAAAGUAACAUAAAAAAUUUUGGCUUUUAAAACAUGUCAUCAUGACUGAUUUUCUGGACUUUUCAGAGAAAGUCUAAAUCUCGAAGCCACAAGGUCCAAUGGAAAAAUAAUUCUAAAUGGGAAGCUGGAGAACUUUCUGAAUGCCUCUGAUGCGGAUGUCUUGGUAGUUUUUGCCAAAGAAGCGAUCAAAGAUGGCCAAGAAACGAUGAAUUGUUAUGUGGUGGACAAGGAUAAUAUCAAGGGAAAGGUGAAAACGGAACGGCCGAAACAAGUUAUGGGAUUGGAGAAUGUGAAGUGUAAGUUUGUUUUUUAUCAGUUUUUCUGAUUUUUAGAACAAUUUGAAAAAUUGCAAAAAUUGUGUCAUGAUGACGCAUUUGAGGCUUGAUGUAGAUUAUGGUCGAUGAAAUUUUUUUCGAGUAUAAAAUAUGACAUAUUGAAUGGAUUUUGAGAAGGAAAAGCUUUAAAAUUGGAUUUUUUAAUAUGUCAUCAUGACGGAUUUUGUGGAUUUUUUUUUCAAAAUUAUUUUGAAUGGCCAUAAAAAUUUUGGAAAUUUGGUUUUUGAUGUACUAUGGUUUUUCAAAAGUGCGUAGACUUAUUGUCGCAAACUUUCCGCACUGUGCAAAAAUUGAUUUUUUUGGCACUGUGCGGCCCAAAGGUAAAAUAAUUUUUUUCGCACUGUGCGGCGAAUUUUAAUAUUUUUUUUUCAGUCUCCACGGUCCAUUUUCGGAACGUUGAGCUCACCCCAGCCGACGAACUGAACCAACAUCUGUCGGGCCCUCAAAUUUUCACCCAUCUCCAGGAAAUCAAUCGCUCCUUCGCCGCGUCCGCCGCAGUCGGAGCUCUGAAAAGAGUGAUCUCUGAUCUCGCCUACCAAGCAAACCGGACAAUUGUUGGACGAAAUAAGGCUCUGUCGGAGAUGCCAUCGGUUAAAACGGUGAUCAACAAGAUGGCUAGGGAUGUGCAUCAUAUCGAGACGGUUGUAUUUUACUUUAAUGGACUGAGCGAUGAAGAUUUGUUCGUCAUUAAUGAUGUGGAGAGCAUGGUGGUGGAGGUAGGGAAGAUUUGAGGAGGUUUUGGGAGGUUGAAGAUAAUUUUCGAAAAGAAAAUUUUGAAAUUUUUAUUUUUCCCGGCAUUUUUGGCAUUGUGUUCAAGGGAUGAAAAAAAGGUGAAGUCGUCGAAAAUAUGGUUGGAAAUGCGCAUAGCGAUAGCUUUUGGUUUGAUUAAUAAUAUUGAGAAUAUGAUUUGGUCGAAAAUUUGAAUUCCCGCCAAUUUUGGCAUUAUGUUUAAUAAGUUGGAAUGUGAAUAAAGAUGGAUAAAAUAGACAAGAAACGUCCUAAGUGGGUCUCUUUUGACUCAAUGAAGGUUUUUGAAGUAUGUUUUUGUCAAAUAUUUGAAUUCCCGCCACUUGUGGCAUUCUGUUUUAGUGGUCCAAAAUGUCGAAAAUUGGUUUGUAAAAGUCAAAUUUACAGAUUACGACGUGUUUUAAAAUAUUAGUUUUGAUACUUUCUAUUAAGUUUUUUUCGCAUUUUUUGAGUUAUUUUUAUCUGUUUUUGAUGUCUAAAACACUAUAAUUUUUUCCAGAAAUUGACCCGCCGAGCCCUCCAAAAUGCCAUCCUCGGCAUCUCGGAGGUGAUAGGAAUGGCCGCAGUGGACGCUUAUUUCACCCACGAGCGAUGGAUCCGAGAUUUGGCAACUUUUUUCUGCACCCUAACAACUGAACCAACCCUCAACGAGAAGAUCUCUGAAAUCAUAGUGAAGACGCUGAAAGACGAAAAUCCCCGAUGGCGCUCAAGUUGGAUACGAUGGAUGAUGCCAGCGCCAAAACCCACCUCAACGUCAGCAAUGCCAGUCCAAGCGGCGAAGCAUUUUAUCGCGGAACAUGUCCAUAUCAGUCUCAAGGUAAGAUUUUGGUUUUUUUCGUGGAGUUUUGGGUUCAUUUUUGGUUGUUCUGGUUCGAAUAGGGUUGUUUUGAACUCUAGAAUUUUGCGAAUUUGUUUUUUUUUAUUUUUGCACUGUGCGGAAAUUUUUUUCUUUUGCACUGUGCGAAACAAUCUAAAAAUUUGCACAGUGCAAAGGGAAAACUGAAAUGAAUUCCUGUUUGUUGCAAGAUAUGUAGAUAUGAGAUCUUGAAAUGUUGUUAGACGAUGUUUAGAGGACUUGUUGUUGUUGAGCAGAUCAAGAGUAGGGCAAGGGGAGAUUCAAAAAAAAUAUAUUACACUUGAUUUUUUAUAGCACUUUUUUGUUAAGUAUAGUUAGAAAUAAUGAUUUUUCUAGCGCAUCAUUGCCGACAGUGCCUGUUCUUACUUUCCAUGGCAAGAAAAUUUGGGAUUUUGAAAAAAAAAUUAUAUUACACUAGGUGUGAUGUUCCCGGAAAAUCGUUUAUUUUUUGUUCUUUAUGUUUAAAUUGUUUGAAAUAAAAAAUUUAGCACAGCUUGGCGAAGUGUUGAGACUUGUUUUUACUCAUGAAACUAACGAACACCCUUUUUUCAGCCUCCAGCCAUCAACUUUGAAGCCGGCCUGGGCCACGUGGACGAGACCCUCUACAAAACCCUUGGUAAAAAUGCCUGGAAAAUCCCUGAAGAUAAGACAGAACCGGUGAAGAGGAUUAUCGCGGACAUGACAACCGAACAAAUUCUGUUGGCAGCAAUGUUGUCCAGAACAUCCAGAAGCUACUCAAUAGGACUGAAAAACUGUGAUAUGGAACUCCAAUGGACUAUCGAUUACGGUCGAGAGUUUGAGAAAAAUAUUGCGAAAGCGGUCAGAGAUAUGUGGCAUGGUAAGAGGGGAUUUUGUGAGGGUUCGGAUAUUGUAGUAGGUAAGAACGUGAAUUUUUGGUGGUUUAUCGAAGAUUCUUCAAAAUUAUGGGUGUUUUUCGGCUUGAAAUUUCAUUACAGACCUUGCAAAAGAUUUGGAAUGCGGUUUGGACUCUUAUUUCGGUCAUUUUUGUAUUGUUUUAGGUUAAAAAAUCGAAAAAUUUUGAUGAUUUUUGAUGAAAUUUUAGAAAUUUUACUUACUGGAUUAAGCGUUCGAAAUGACAAAAAUGGGCUGGUUAUUGAUUUCUAAUAUAAAUAUUUGCAGUUUGGAACAUGAAAGAGUACAAAAAACCGAUAUUAUCCAUGGGAUAUCCGUUUCAAAUGCCUCUGGCCGCCGAAUCCGCCGACACAAUAGGACAAGAUUAG